AUGGAGACCAUCACCAACCUUGCCAGCACUGCUGCCACUACAGCCUCGAAGCUCAUCUACGGCGACCAGCCCAAGACCGAGGAAGCGGUCGAACAGACCAAGGACAACGAAACCGCAGGCAAGGAGCCUAUCUCAGGCGAGCAGGGUCAGGGCACUGUCACUCAGCCCUAUGACCAAGGCAACCUUGCAACCCCUCUAGCCGCAGCUGACAAGGGAACCUUCCUUGACUACCAGAACAACGAGACUGCCGGCAAGGAGCCCGUCUCUGGUGAGCUUGGCAAGGGUACCGUCACGGAGCCUUUUGACCAGGGCAACGAUUCCAAGGCAACUGAGAAGGCAGCUGAGAAGACUUCCACCUCAGAUGAGUUCCUGAAGCUAGAUCCCACCACCCAGGGACCGACCGAGACAUCGACCGACCCCAAGAUCUACUCGGAUAGCAAAGAUGCAUCCUACGUUGGCAUGCCAAUCGUUCCUCUCAACCCCGACGCUGCUACAUCCAACACUGACGCCUCUUCGACGGCCCAGAGCACCGGCAUCACAGACAAGGCUGGAGUUACCGACAAGAUUUGGAAGGAAACACCACUUGACGACAUCAGUCGUUCGGGUGCACCAGGCGCCGGCCCUACAGCCACUGAAUCUACAACCGCCACUUCCACCAGCCCUGACCCUGCCAUCAAGACCACUGCUCCCGACUCCGUCACAGCUGGUUCAAGUGUGUACGCAGCUGGCGCCGGUACAGAGACAAAAACCGAUGCCGAGAAGCUCUCUGAGAACCGCGACACUCCAGGCUGGGCAUCAACAGGCGUUCCUUCCGACAGCAGCAACUUUGAUGCAGCUACCGCUAAGCAAAACGCUGCCUCUGGUGGAUCAGAGUCCAAGGGUUCGGCUGGAGAGCAUGUAGGUCGCAAGUCUGAAUCGGGCCGUAAGUCUGAGUCCACCGACUUGACCUCGUCUCCGAGCAACGAAGAGAAGGGUGGCAAGAUGUCGCACUUGAAGGAGAAGAUGAAAAACAAGCUUCACAUCGGUUCCAAGGACAAAUAG